GUUGUGCACCUUACAAAUUGUGCAGCCCAGCUGCAGUCAGCUGCCGACACACCGCCUGCCUAAACCACCGAUCUUGGCACGGGGCAGUGCCGCCUCCUGAACGACUUUGGCUCUUUUAUUCUCUUGCACAACCUCACCGUUUCUUGUCUGCCCAUCCAACGUCAGACACGUCAGGAUGCUGCUCGGUCUGCCGAUCGUGCCACAUCCUGUCUCCCCAAUUCCAGUCCUCUGGUCUGUCCCAUAAGUGGCCCUCUCCCAACCAUGAGGCUGGUGAACGUCCUCCGCGAGAAACUCCUGAAGGAGUCGCGCUCCCGGGUCCUCCGUCCAGUCGCCAUGGACCCUCACGCCCCUAUCGAAGCAAAUGGGGACCCUUCCUUCCUGGACCGGAAGCUAUCAUUCGACGAAAUGGGUGAACAGCUGGUCGAGCCCACCCAGUUCAGCUUCAUGACCACCCUGCUCGACUCCGCCAUCCAAGCCCCGAGUCUCGACGAGUUGAUCUCCUUCUACAAGCCCUUCGACACCCUGAUGGAGACACGGGAAGAGGCCGGAACCUGGUGGCUGCAUGUCACCUCGCCCUCGGAUGCGGAUAUCGAGAAACUCUCGGACCUCUUCGAUAUCCAUCCCCUGACCACGGAGGACAUCAAGAUGCGAGAGGCUCGCGAGAAGAUCGAGCUUUUCGGUCCUUACUAUUUCCUGUCGAUGCGACCGCCGCGACAGGUCGUUGCGCCCAACGCCGUUAGGGCUCUGUCGCUCAAUGUAUAUGCCGUUGUGUUUGCGCAGGGUGUGUUGAGUUUUACGUUCGGUCUGAGCGCACAUGCCGACCAUGUGCGACAUCGUAUCGAUGAGCAUCGCAGUCAUCUGGCCUUGACGAGUGAUUGGAUCUGUUAUGCUUUGAUUGAUGAUAUUGUCGACGGGUUCGCCCCAUUCAUCGAACGAAUCGAGACGGGCGUGGAGAUGAUGGAGGAUGGCGUCUCCAUCGCCCGCCCGGACGAUAUCGGCGUGGCGUUGCAGCGCAUCUACAAAUGUCGCAAGGAGGUUAUUCGCAUCCGACAGCUGCUCAACGAUAAGAUCGAUGUCAUUCGCAGUUUCGCGCGACACUGCGGUACGGCCAACGCACCAACCGCCGAGGUCGCUCUCUACCUCAGCGAUAUCCAGGACCACGUGUUGACCAUGAUGGCCAACCUGUCGCAAUCAGAGGAGAUGCUCUCGCGGUCGCAGUCGAAGUACCUCGGACAGCUGUCCUGGGACUCGACGCGCAUGCGUAAUGAGAUUGUCGAAACGCUCAGUCGGCUGUCGGUGAUCGGCGCGAUCAUCGUGCCGAUGCAAUUCAUCACGGGAUUGUUCGCCAUGAACGUGACGGUGCCUGGCAAGGGCACCGAGGGAGGAACAGAGCCCGGCACGCCUGGACUAUAUUGGUGGGGAGGCAUUUUAGGAGUCAUCUUGAGUGUGAUCUUUUCCUGCCUGCUGAUUGCCAAGAGGCUCCGGAUUAUUUGAUAGAUAGCCAGACUUCAACCUGAAUCGAUUCCCCAUUUUAUCAGGACUUGUGAUGUACCACUUUAGCCUCCUCCAGAUUCACAUUCAAACUCAGCAGAUCCGGCCUUGAAUAGUGCCCGACAGGAUCACAAACAUUCUUCGCAGCGAGGAUAUCAUCCAGAUCCACGUUCGCUGUCAGAAUCCCUUCCUCCCCUUCCGCUAACCUCUCGACCAG